AUAAUUCAAUUAGUGCCUACUUUAGGGUUCUUUCUCUAUCAGAUGGCUAACAGAUUGGGGACUCAGCUCUUUGUUAGCAAAUUGUCAUUUUUCACAAACCAUCGAGAGCUUAAGAAUUUGUUUUCACCGUUUGGUGUUGUUAAAGAAGCUAGACUCAUCAGGGACCCCAAAACUCAAAGGCCUAAAGGGUUUGGUUUUGUUACAUUUGAAACCGAGACAGAAGCUCACAAGGCAUUGAAAGCCAUGAAUGGCAGGAUUGUCCGUGGAAGGCUGAUUUUUGUUGAAUUCGCACAUGAUAAGGAAUUCAAGACUGAUACAAACAGCUGAAAAAUUGGCUCAAUAAUAUGCUUGUCUCGAAAUCUUUUCAUUUCACCAACAGUUUGUAAGAUGGUUUCCAUCAGUUGUAUGUGCUUACAGAACUCCAAAAGAAAAAAAAUUGUAGAUUGUAACUCCGUUGAUGGUCGUAUGUAUCAACAUUCUAUGAAAACAUUGUGAUUGUUAUUAUCA